AUGGCUUUCCUUGGGAAUGGCCUGAAUGUCUCCGGUCUCAUCCAUCCCCCAGGUUUCUAUUUAAUCGCAUUUGAGAAGUUCACUUCUAUCAAUCUUUACUUCAUCUUUCUGUCUCUCGUUUACAUCAUCACUGUGCUGUUCAAUCUACUACUGAUCUAUGUGAUUGCUUCAAACCGCAAUUUACACUCGGCCAAAUUCUUGGCCGUUUGCAACCUGGCAGUCAUCGACGUGGUGCUGAACUCCUGCACCAUCCCUGGCAUGAUCAAGUCGUUCCUGGUCAAAGACAACUUCCUCACCUUCGACGUGUGCCUGUUGCAGAUGUUCACCUACUACGCCUUUGUGUCGCUCGAGUCCUUCGCGUUGGCCGUCCUCGCCUACGACCGCCUGAUCGCUAUCUGCUUCCCGCUGCGCCAGAACUCUAUCAACACGCUGCUCAGCAUGUCGUGUGUGGUGGCUCUCACGUGGUCGUACACGAUGGGGGCCACGUUGUUCGCCAUUGUGAUCAUCAAAAGACUGUCCUUCUGUAACUCCGUCCGAGUGCUGAGCUACUUCUGCGACUACGCGCCCGUGUUCAGACUGGCGUGCAACGACAAUUCGCUGCACUGGUCCGUAGCCAGUUUCCUCAGCAUCACCAUUUUAUUGGGCCCAUUCGUCUUCAUCCUCCUUUCCUACAGCAGCAUCCUGGUCACCGUGUUCAGGAUGCAGUCGGUGGCAAGUCGUGGGAAGGCGCUCACCACGUGCGUGGAACACCUCAUACUGGUGGCUGUGUUUUAUAUUCCUGUUUUAACCAUUUUCACCAUUGGCUUCUACUCCAGCCUGAUCGAUCCGGACCAGCGGGUGCUGUGUCUGUCGCUGUCCUCCUGCCUCCCGCCGGUCCUCAACCCCAUCAUUUACUCUUUUAGAACCAAAGAGAUCCGGCUCAGGGUGAGAGCGCUGUUCAGACGCGUCCCCGUCACACCGUCUGGGAGGCCUGCAAAGCACUGA